GGCAUCCUCGUAGUUUUUCCUCCAUCACCGGCAACUGACUGACUCGGCUGUAUGUGUUGUUCUCUGGGAAACGUUACCUUCAGUAAGAACGAACUAGUAGUACGUACUACCCGGACUACAGUACGAACUGCGAGUAUCCGUUUUAUGUUUUACAGUAUCGAAGUAUGAUUUUGCCUCAUUUGAUGCAUCAUCGUUGUCUUUUAGUCUCACUCGUCGACAACAUCGUUUUGCAAUAAGUCUGCUGAAGGCAAACUCAUCAGGUUAUUCGGCUCUGUUUCAUCAACGUCAGGCAGAUAUUUGACGUUUUCAACAUUACGUAAACAUAAUAGAGCGUCCUGCCUGAACUCUACAAAGGCAGCAUUUAAUUUUCACUGUCAAUUUUUGUACCCAGACUCUUACCGGUAACAUCGACGACACCUUUGCGAAGAAAAGAGCAAACAGUGAUGAAGACUGGUGAAAUGUGCUGUGCCGGAGUCACUGCAGAGAAACCAAUGAAGAAAAGACCAAGAUCUCUGCGGUGGUCAACAGCGUCAUCACCGAUAUCAAAUGUAUUUGUUUUUCUUCUACUCAUUGCUUGGUCCGAGCGGUGUGUCAAGCAGCCACUUUGUGCUCACAGUUUUAUUUCACCUCAACGGAGUUUUUCUGUAACCAGAUGGUCUGAAGUAGCAGCUGAUUCUAGUAAGAAUGGACAAGAGGAAUCUCCAUUAAAUUCUUGGUCCAAUUCGGCUGUAGGUGGAAGAAAAAGAGAGAGCCGCCUACAAGUACGUAGGCGGGUGAAAGCAGUACUUGAAAAGGCGCGAAUACGAACUGGUGUUAGAAAUGGCUCUGUUCCCUCGUCUUCGUCGCCACCUCCUCGACCAACAUCGAAUGUUGUUGCCGAAGCGGCAUCUAUUGGUGGUCUGGGAGAUGGAUCGGCUGAUAUCGUCUUUACGUCUUCUACUUCACAAGUUCUAAAAAGAAAUGGAGUGACCAAUGGUGCCACCAACGCCACAGCGGUGGCAAAGCAAUCAAAGAACGGAUCGUCGCAAUCGACAAACAGUACAAACUCAUUUCUGUACCAAGAUGAUGAAUUGGGACUGGGAAUGAGAAACGAUGCAUUUCUCAAUACCUCAGCAGGUACGAACGGUAUCAGUGAAGAAGCGUUCGAGACAUCUUCAAAUACCAGCAUUCAGAGAAGCUAUGUAAGUGGCAAUUCGAAUUCUACAACAUCGGAAUCGUCUGGCACGACAACGGAUGUUCGCCCUCGAAAACCGAAGGAAUUCGAUGUCAUUCGGGGAGACGUACCCUCGGCAAACGCAUUUGUGGAGCCACUUCCUUUUCAACUGCCCAAAUUAUCUGUAGAACAAAAACAGAAACUUGUUAAUGGUGAGCGUAUACAAGAACAGUCUCGAAUGGGAAGAGAAGGUUCUGGAUACGUCGUUUUAGAUGUCGAAGCUCCACCAUUCGUUGUCUGGGAGUGCUUGUUAGAUUUUGAAUCAUAUCCCGAGCUCAUUCCGACCGUAAAAUCGAUGCAGCUAUAUACCAGUACGAAACUCAAUACUGGGUUCAUCAGUGAAAAGCCAGUGGUACCAGGCACGGGAAGAGAAACUCGGCAUUAUGGGACACCCAGCAUCACUCGGGCAUCAUUUAUCUUGAGCAAGUUUAGGUUCAACAUCGCCGCAAUUCAUCGAUACACCCCUCACCCAGAAGGUGAUUACAUGGUCUUUACACUUGAUCCAUCCUGUACAAAUGCUGUACUUAAAGGAGCGAAGGGUACUUGGUACACCCAAGAAAACCCUGACGGAAGAGAAGUGAGUUUGUCGAAGAUGUGGACGAAAGAUAAAUACAUUUUUUUUCCUCUGUGGAUUGCUGUUUUUCGAAUCAAUCUCUCAUGUAAUUGCUCUCCCUACAUACUACUUUUGCUCUAUAUUUCGCUAUAUCUGAAGGGAUUCACACGAGUUUAUCUUCUUGCCGGUUUGCAAAUCUCCAGGGCAUUACCCAAAUUUAUAGUUGACUACGCAGCCGAUCGGGCGAUGCCCAGAGCAACCAAAUGGCUCAAACCCGAAGUAGAUGCGCUGAAAGAAGAAUUGUUCACCGCUAAGGAUCCAUGAAAAAUGUAUUUAUUGCCCCAACACCACGGAGAAGAGAACCGAUGAUCCCACCAAAUGUUGAGCAUACCAUGAAACGAAAAUUUCUUGAAAUGUUGAUUUCAGUCCUUUUGUAAUCCUUACAAAUCGUCGCUAGAUGUAUCCCAUUGGUGUGGGCUCAAAGGAAGGAACCAGCAAGUGGAAUAGUGGUAGUUCCUCCAAUCAAGUGAAGCUCAGUCGGGAUAAAACCACAACGUCAUCCUUCCUCUCCGUUUUUCCACAAACUUGUGACGACACGAAGAGCAUCUUGGAGAUCAAAAUAAUAUUAUUAUACUGCGAACGAGCAACCACAGAAUUAAAAUGAAUGAAAUCAUUUCUUGUCGACUAAAAUAUAUAGACUAAAGCGUGCGCUGUUCCAUUUCACGUCGACAACUAAACUAAUUUAUGCAAAGGAGUCGAACGUUGUGCCAUUCUGUGCAAUGAUCGGCGUGAAACGAGUUUAGGUCCACUGCCAGGCCUACGUCUUGCAUCCCGAGGAUGAAUAGGCAACUGAAGAUGCAAAAGGGAACCGGUGUCAGAGUUACUAGGAAAGUUUUCAAUUCCAUCUUCAGGGAGUUCAAGGUCAGUGUUGGUUGUAGCAUUUGCAAUACGACGAGAAAUAAGAGGGUUCAAGUUGAUGUCUUGAUUGGGAACAAUAUCAUGUUUUAUCGUGGGUGUAUCGCCCGACUGAGUAAAAACAUUUUCGGCAGUAUCCAGAUCCCAUCUUCCGUUUUCUCCACCUCUCAAGUUCUCUUUGCUUCGUGACAAGCUGAUAACAUUUGAAGUUACCGUGUUUUCUUUCUCGUGUAGCGGUGAUUGUUUUUGAUGCAGUUUUUGAUGUUGAGCAUGCAAUAGAUUUCUCUUGCGCCAGACAGGAAGGUGAUCAUAUUGCUCUAGACCAUCCCCCCUUUGACUGCCUCGAUCCGUAGGAACUUGCUUAGAAUUUAUGUCAAGACUCGAAUAUCCAUCGGCAACAGGUUUGCGUGUGCCAGAUGUGAUUCUCUUAGCAUACUGCGAGGGCAAUCUCGUUGUAGUUCGGAAGCGAUCACACAAAAUACUCACAUCGUGUGGAAAGGGCACAGCCGAGCAAAGGCUGCAGCCUGCGGUAGUCGCGUGUUGGAGAUUUUUGUUGACGUGUUCGCAGUUUCGAUAGUGUCUCCACACUCGCCUAGAGUUCUUACAUCCCGGUACCUCACACUCGCUUCCCGCCGUGCAGGUAAUGAUAUGAGCAAACACACGC